UAAUUUUCACACAAACUAUACGAAAUAAUUACUUUCUUUGCGCCAUGUUGCCUCUAUAUUUACAAAUUCAAAAGUGUGCACGUGUGCAUGGCGCGCGUGUGAUCGACCGUCAAGUUAUCCAAAGAGAAACUUGAAAAAUGACGGUUUAUCACGACGAAAUUGAGAUCGAAGACUUCGAAUAUGACGAGGAAACGGAGACUUACCACUAUCCUUGUCCAUGUGGGGACAGAUUUGAAAUAACCAAGGAGCAACUCAGUCAAGGAGAAGAUGUUGCUACCUGUCCAAGCUGCUCUCUCAUCGUCAAAGUCAUUUGCGACCUGGAGGAUUUCAUGACUGGGGAGGAGGUUGCGGCACCCAACCAGAAAGGACUCCAGGUUGCGUGACAGAAACUUCUCACUGAAUACCAGAUGAUCUCAAUCAUGUACUUUAACAUUUUACAUCAACCUGUAAAUGAUCUGUGGAUUGGCUGCAGUGUUGACCAUGCUUCACCCCAGCCUGUCUUUUUGUCACCAACGAGGGGGUACUUUUGCACGGAGCAGAUGCGUUGGCCGACUUUCAUUGGGCAUCCGAUGGCUGACAUGGGCCCUUGCUCCUACUGAGGGUAUCCCUUGGUGUCAGUAGCUGACACCCUAAGGUUCUCUUCAGGAAGUUAGAGUGGAUUUUAAAGUGUAACUAUGGACACUCGCACUUGUGUUUGUGUUCAGGUGCAAGGGAUGGUCAGCUUCCUCCAAGUCGGCUACAUUUAGACUUUUUAAAAUCCUUUUUCACUUUUAUUCCAAAAUGCUGCGUAUGAAAAGUGUGGAGACAGUCACAGCAUAAGUUAAGUACAUGUAUACUACACAACAUAAUUAUGGGGGGAUUUCUUUUCUUUUCUUUUUGAAGCCUUUAAUCGUCAACUUUUACAUGCAUAGAUAUAGGUUGUACAAUUGUAAAAACUUGUUUUAAGGAAAUGUUUUUUGUAAAACACUUAUUUAUUAAUAUAUUUUAAAGAGUUGAAGGCACUCAAUUUACAGUUUCAUUGUGGUGACUUUAAUGUUUAUUUGUAAUAAUCAUCAGUUCAUAUAGGAGUUUACAUAGUUGUAGCCUGCAUGAUGAUAGCAAAGGGUUGAUCACAUCAACGAUUCUGAACAUUUUACAAGUACUUUACAAAAAACCUGCAGCAUAAUUUUAAUGCUAAGCUAACAUCUUGAACAAGUCAGUGAGGGUGUCGCUUACUUAAAGACCAGUCUGAUGAGACGCCAGUAAUGCAGACUAGUAUCACACUCGCGCCUGCUUUCAUAAACGUGACCCAAAUACAUAAAUGGCGAGCUCCAAUACUGUACUGGUCUGGGAUGAAUUUAAUGCCUGAUGACCACCUGUUCUUGACGGGCAUGCCACUGCAGUAAUAGUGUCAGAUUAGUGCUUAAGAGGGUCAGACAAGAAACUCGAGGGUGUUAUCUUGAGAGAGGAACAGGGGAUGCUGUCCACAAACAGUUACUCAUUUAAUUCUAUAACUUUUUCAUUCAUUACUCACUUGGAACGAUCAACAAAAUGUAAAGAUAAUACCAUUUUCAAGGGCCGUAUGUAAACACUAACAAUAAGCAGGAGCCCUCUUUGAGGUUGAGGGGAGGGGGUGCUUAGCAACCUCCAUCCCCUAAAAAAGUAAAAAGUGAGAGCUUUGAAAAAAAGGAUAAAAAUGACCAAUAUAGAAGGAAUAUAAAAUGAAGUACAGACAGUAACAAGUGCAUUUACAUUUAAUUCUAAUUCAUUGAAACAUUAAUUUCAAUUCUUAAAUCAAAACUAUAGGUUUCACUUUCAACGGAUUAAAAUUAUUUUUGGAACUCA